CGAAUUCCUGCGUUCAGUCAUCAGCCACUCGAAUCACCACGUAUUUACCUGCAGCCGGAACGGUCGGGAGAGACCAACUCGCGUCUAUCAAGAAGAAACCGGGUCAUCGGGUGCUCAUCCGACACACCCCUUCCGUCAGGGUUGAUUGACUUAUCAGUCUGAACUCCAACUUUGACCAUCUUGCAUACCGACUGAGCCUCCCCCCUUGCAAGCCACUGAGUAGCGCUUGGUAAAAUAUAUGCUUGACACGAUGGAUGACCAAACAUCCGCCGAGUUUCCGGACAUGUCUGCAGAGAUAUCGAAUUCACAAUUUCACACCGGGCGACUUCCCAAUGGUGCCAAAAGUCGUAAUAGACCAAAGUUGAUGCUCAUGGGCCAAAGAAGAAGCGGAAAGUCUUCCAUCUCAGGUGUGGUAUUUCAGAAGAUGCCACCUUCGGAGACCUUAUACCUUGAGACUACAACGCGACCUGAAGAAUCCUCUGCACACUCUUUCAUGGAUUUCCAAAUAGCAGAACUCCCGGGCCACGUCAACUACUUCACACCCGACUUCAACCAAGCUAACAUCUUUGCCGAAAUCGGCGCUGUCAUUUGGGUUAUCGACGCGCAGGAUCAAUAUCUUGACGCCCUUAAUCAGCUUAUUGACACAAUUACUUACCUAGCGCAAACCUGGCCUGCUAUCAACGUCGAAGUCUUUGUACACAAGGUCGACGGUCUUUCCGAGGAGUACAAGAAUGACACCUUCCGCGAUAUUCGACAACGAAUUCUAGACGAGUUAUCUGAUCUCGGCUACGACAACGCACCUGUCAGUUUCUACCAAACAAGCAUAUACGACCACUCCGUAUUCGAGUCCAUUAGCAAGGUCAUUCAGAAGCUUCUGCCACAGUUGCCUACACUUGAGAGCCUGCUCAACAGUCUGUGUAGCACAUGUCGAAUCCAAAAGGCAUACUUGUUUGACAUCAUCACCAAGAUCUACAUCGCUUCAGAUACAAGCCCGCAAGACACCAACAGCUAUGAGAUUUGCUCAGACUUCAUCGAUGUCGUGGUCGACAUUGGCGAGCUGUACGGAUGGUCAAGGCCACAGCAGGGUGAGAAGACUGAGUUCAACAACCAUGCCUGCGAGAGUAUGGUUACUAUGGAGAAGAAGGGUCAGAACUAUCUUUACCUGCGAGAGAUGAACAGGUACCUUGCUUUGGUCUGUAUUAUGGGUGAUGACAACCCCAUGGAGAAGAAGGUGCUCAUAGAUUACAACGUGGGAGUCUUUCAGGAGGCUCUAGCAAAAGUCUUUGGCUGGUGAUAUAUAAUCGGCACUGUACAAUAGCCUCAUAAGCUCUCAAUGGCACAAGCAGUACCUAUAAAACGCCUCGGCGUCAUCCACCACUAUCGC